CUUGAAGAAAACCUACGGACUUCGCCGGGCUCCUCCCUGCUGGUGGAUAUCCUGCAGAAGACCGUUCUCCACCCCCUGUGUGUAAAAUAUCCCCCUUCCACCAAGUACAGAAGAUGCUUUCUGACCGAACUCAUCAAAAAGCAUGAAUCCACAGCAGCUGAACCCCUGGAUGAACUGUACGAUACACUGGCAGGUAUUUUAAAUGAAGAAGAAUCUACUCACUGUUACAAAAACUACUUACUGCCCACGGGAGAGCCUGUUACCCUUUCCGAGAGCGUAGCGAUUAUCUCUGGAGGAACCACGGGGCUCGUCACGUGGGACGCUGCUCUUCAUCUCGCUGAAUGGGCAAUAGAGAACUCUACGGUUUUCAGUAACAGGACAGUCUUGGAACUAGGAAGUGGGAUCGGCUUCACUGGAAUUGCAAUCUGUAAAACCUGCAGUCCCAAGACAUACAUAUUUAGUGACUGCCACCCCCGUGUUCUCAGGGAGCUCACAGAAAACAUCCGUUUGAAUGGCUUUGUCUUGGAGCCGGACGCUACUCGUCAUAUCCAAACGGAGUCCCAAGGCCAGGAGGCAGAAGCAAGGAAUUGCCAAACCCCAAAACUAAUCGUUGCAGAACUUGACUGGGGCUCAGUUACAGAAAAACAACUGUUGGAUCUUCAGCCCGACGUCAUCGUUGCAGCAGAUGUGGUAUAUGAUCCAGAGAUAAUUUUAGCCCUUAUUGGUAUGCUACAAAAACUCUCCACUUUCAGAGCAGAUAGAAAACGUCCCGAGGUCUACAUUGCUUUCACAAUUCGUAAUCCAGACACGUAUCACCUGUUCCAGACUGAACUUGGUAAAGUUGGGAUCGGAUGGCAGAUUAUUCCAGCCCACAGCAACGGAGCGAUCUCGUCCUUGCAACAGGAUUAUCUUGAAUUCUAGAAACGUACGUGAGAGGCACUGAGGAUACAGCUAUAUGCACGGACUGUUGUCAAAGUGAGUUACCUUUCUUCCUGUAAUUGUCAGCAUGCACGCAAGCAAGCUGCUGCCCCCGAGAAGUAUCUGUGAACCUCAGGCAACAGAAAAAAAAAA